CAUCGCUACUCACAUUGUCAUCAUCAAAGCCAAAGAUCAAAUUCAAGCAACCAACGUACAAAAUCUAAGCUUCUGUCCCAAGAUCGAUCGACAUGGCAGGUGCUGCUCAUCAUCCCUCUCCUAACAACAUGUUCAUCUCCCUCCUCUUCCUUGCAGCCAUCACCUGCUCCUCCUUUUCUCCCAGCAACGCGCAAUCUUGCGCAAGCUACACCUUCUCGAGCAACCAGCUCUACGCCUCGUGCGCCAGCCUGCCGCAGCUCGGCGCCACGCUGCACUACAACUACACGGCCGACACCAACACCGUGGCCGUCGCUUUCCGCGCGCCGCAGAGCAAGGCCGGGUGGGUCGCGUGGGGGCUCAACCCCAACGGGACCGGCAUGGUCGGGUCGCAGGCCGUCGUGGCUUUCCAGCACUCCAACGGCAGCCUCGUCGCGUACCCGACAUUGCUCGACAGCUACGUGCCGUCGAUGGCGCCGGCUGCACCCAAGAACCUGGGCUUGCCGGUGUCGGACGUGGCGGCGGAGCACGUCAACGGCAAGGAGAUGGUGGUGUACGCGACGGUGGCGUUGCCGGGGAAGGGGAGCAAGUUCAACCACGUCUGGCAGCAGGGGACCUCGGUGGUGAACGAUGUGCCAGCGGCACACCCCACCACCGGGGACAACAUCCUCUCCACGGGCACCAUCGAUUUCAGCGACUGAUGUUGAGAGACACACACGUUUGUGUUGUAUACGUGUUCGAUCGGGUGUUUGUUUGUAUAUGCACGUAUGCAUAUAGGCUUUUCAUACACGGUUAAUACCUAUAUAUUGCCGCAUAGAUAGUCGCUCCCAAUAGUGAUAUAUGGAGUACACGAGUAAUAAAUAUUGUAUGUGCUUGCGUGAGAAUCAAAAUAUUUACAUUA